UCUUCCCAGGCUGUGGCCUAGCAUUCCUACCUAAGAUGGCGGCUAUCGCGGAACAUCCCCCACCCGAGGCCUCCAAGCCCUUGCUUGGGCUGCUCAAUGGCAUCGCCCAGGCAACCUACUACGGCAACGCCGAGAUCACAGAGAAGCUCUUGCGGGACCAGCUCUACCCAGAGACGGCGGCGCAGGAGUUCGCAGCUUUGCUGGCCAAGAUGACGGGAAUCGUCAAGUCAAUAGCCUCAGCUGACAUGGAUUCAAAUCAACUGGAGACCUUUUUGACUGCACAGACGAAGAAACCAGGAGGUAUUACAUCUGAUCAAGCUGCAGUUAUUGCAAAAUUUUGGAAGAAUCACAGAAUGAAAAUUCGAGAGAGCCUAAUAAAUCAAAGCACGUGGGAAAAUAGUUUGAAGAACAUAAGUUGGAGAGUGGAUUUAAAGUCACAGUCAAGACACAUUAACCAGUUAAAUAGCCCUGUGGCAAUAGUUGAAAUGGAACUUGAGAAAAAUGGACAGUUUGACUGUGCAGCCAGAAUUCCUUGAAGCUCUGUGAAAUCUUUUGAGAUACUCCCCCGUAAAGAAAAAGCAACCUAUCUUUUGUCCAAUAGCAAGGAAAUAGAAAAAGCCCUCUAACUAAUAAAAUGAUUUAACACUAAAUGUGAAAUUCUGUAACAUGUCUGAGAUUCACAUUAUCAGGCUUUUGCUGAGGGUCUUUGGUCCCUGUGCUACCAAGUCGUGCAAGUGUUCGUAGCAGCAAACAGCUGGUCUUGUACCAGCAGCUCCAACUGCUGUGCCUACCUUUUAAAUUUCCCCACAAUAUCAAACAGAGUGUUGUUUUCUCUGUUGGGAUCUUAAAUGUGCUUGUGGGAAAAUUAAAAUGUGGAUAAUGGUUGAUUGAUUGAUAGAUUGAUUUCAUUUCUAUGCUGCUUAUAGUCAAAGGUCUCUGGGUAAUUUGCAACAAAGUAUAAAAACAAUAAAAUACAAUAGAUAGAAACACUAAGAAUUAAACAUUAAUUUAAAAUGAAACAAAAGAACAUUAAAAGAAAAAAUUAAAAGAUCCAACCAGAAGUAAAAGAAAGGCACCUGGAUCAUCAUAUCAUGCCCCUGAAUGACCAGGGAGGUCUUUAAAUGCCUCUGCAAAGGGGUCAUUUUUAACUGACAUCAAAUGAAUUGCAAAUUUGGCACCAGGUGGACUACAGCAGGGAGGUUGUUCCAAAGCUGGGGGGCCACCACCAAAAAGGUCCUCCCCUAGUUGCCACUCUCUGAGCCUUUUGAGGAGUUGGUACCAGGAGGGGAAGCCCCAGAGGCUGAGUGUAGUGUCCAGGUAGAUUGGGGUUAGGAGCAGUGUAUUGACAGGGAUUGUGGUCUCAAGCCAUGUAGAGCUAGGCUUUAAGACGAGCAUCUUGAAUUGGGACCAGAAGCAUACAGGCAGCCAAUGCAACUGGGCCAGAACUGGUCCUAUAUGGUUGGACCGCUGUGUCACAGUUAUUAAUGUGGCUGCCUCAUUCUGCACCAGCUGCAGCUUCUGAACCAUCUUCAAGGGAAGCCCCACAUAGAUCUGAUCUAGAGAUUACCAUACUGACCUACUCCAAAACACUGAGUAACCCCCACUUAGCAGUUUCAUGUAGGUGUUAAAUAGCAUGGGGGACAGAACAGACCCUUGAAGAACUCCCUGCUGGAGAAUUCACAGGGCGGAACAAUAUUCCUCAAGCACCACCUUCUGGAGAUGACUCUCCAAGUAGGAACUGGAACCACUGCAACAGUGUCCCCCACUCCCAUCUCGCCCAACUGCUCUAGAAAGAUACCAUGCUCAAUGAUAUUGAAAGCCACCAAUAGGGUUGUACUCCCCCGGCUCACUCCUGGCAUAGGGUUAGGGGGACCAAGACUGUUCCGAUGUCAAAACCAGACCUGAAGCCCACCUGAAAUGGAUAAUCAGGUUCAUUUAAGUGCCUGGAGUGGAUUGGUAACUACCCCCUCUAGAACCUUGCCCAAGAAAAGAAUAUUUGAUACCGGCCUGUAGUUCAUAUUUCCUGGGUCAAGGGAAGGUUUCUUAAGUGGUCUCACUACCACCUCUUUAAGGCAGCAUGGAAUGACUCCCUCUCACAAAGAGGCUUUGAGGACCUCCUUGGCCCAGCUGGUUAUCCCUUCCUUGCUGACUUUUAUAAGCCAGGAGGGACAAUGUGCUAAAAUUAAAGCUAUGAUAAAACUCAAGCAUCGCAAAAUACAUACUACCUUUAAAGAAAAAUGGUGCUUCAGAUUGACACUGCACUUUAGCUCAGAAGUGGGGCAUCUCUUCGUUUCAUUUUUUGAAAUGUCACACUACUAUGGAUUCUCCGUGGGCAAUUAUUGGGGCACGUCUAAGUAGUUUAACUCCUAAGCAACCUGGGUUAUUGAAAAUGGAGGUGGCAAGUAGCAUGCUUACUUGCUCUUACAAGUCCCUGCCAACCUUCUUUUAUGCUUGUGUAUGAAUAAGGUUCCAACUCACUCCUUCUCUCACGUCUUAACACUUAGCACCUCAGCAAUGCUAGUAUAGUUCAGAGGUUGCUAUAGGAGUGGUGGUAGAAGCUCCAAAAGAUCAUAUUUACAGUAAGUUCUGUGUGUAAUUACUUAAUUGUGCUGUUCAAUGCAGUGUAAGCACUGAUACCUUCUUGAAUUCCCUAGCUUGAGUUAGAUACAACAGUUCUACUGUUUGUAAUUAUUUAUAUUUUUCACUCCACUAAUGUAUUCAAAUGACUGAUUGUUUCAUACAUACUUGCAUAACGAUUAUGUGAGCACAUGUAAAAUUUUACAGGCGAUGAGAGUUUCACUAAGGAAUUCUAAUAAAACAAUAUGCUUGUAAUUUUGUUCCCUUUAGAGAACCUUUUGGAUGUAGCACAAGUAAAAAGAUCACAUUUUAAAAUAUGGAAAUAGCUUUGUAAAAUAUAUAGUGGCAGUUAUAUCAUGAGUUCCUAGUUUUGGGCAACUCUGUACUUGAGACAACAGAACAAGCAGCUACAGAUGAGUUGUAUGACUAAGGGAACAGUGGAUGAUGUGGCUGAAAUUUUUAAUGCAGCUUGAGCAAAUUAGAUGUCCAAUUCCAUGGAAAUUAGUGGUGAUGCUGAAAAUCCCAUUCCGUCAUGAUAAAACUCUCUCCAUGAUCUAACUUUCAUAGUAUUGGUUGCUCCUGUGGAAAUUUUAAAAAAGGAUGAGUAGAAAUGUGAUUGUGAAUAAAAUCCUUAGUACUGAGUGAGAAACAGUUAUUGCAAUGUGUAGCAGAUCUGUGAAUUACAAUAU